AAUUCAGAAUUAUGAUGUACUCGAUGAAGGUAAAUAGGUGGAGGACGGAGGUUACGCUUGUUGUCUCAUUCUCAUAAUCCACAGACGCCGUGAAGCCGUGAAGGUAGAAGAUAAAGGUUUUAAACUAUUAAUCCAUAAGGGUCUACUUUAUUGUUUUUUGGAUAUCAUUGUAUUCUUCGUUCUAUCUGGUCGUCGAUCGUUUGAUAUGACAGCAACAGUAUUUAACAUAAAUUUACGUACUAUACUCGUCCAGCGAGAGAACGCGCUGCGUACCGACUAAAAUCGAUCUAGUUUCGUGCAUCUCCGGAGCUACCCUAUACUUAUUACUUAAUGCUCACACCUAGACCGCCCAAUGGUGAAUGGGCGACAACCACUUCAGCCUCCAAUAUUCCAAUGUUCGACAGCACGCCUAGACGAUAACGAGUUGUUUAUCAUACCAAUAACCGAGCGUUGACAUUGGAUCGAUUGACCGCUUAUGGUACACCCUGUGAGGGGGAAACGGGAUCUCGGUAAUCGCUCGGUCGUCACUUGUCACUCUUGUCAGUUGUCAGUCUGCAAUUUGCGUACGCGGAUUCUGCGGAUUCUCUCGUUGGACAGAGCAUAUUCGUACAUAUUAUCAUGUUUAUGGACAGCAAACAUUCUUAAAUCUGUUUAUAUAGUUUUUAUGGAAUGAAAUGAACAAAUCUUAAUUUUAUCUAUGACAUAUUAAUGUUAUAUUAGUAUUUAACCAUUAAUCAUGAUCCAGACGACUAGACCAACUCAGGUUAAGUUAGUUAGUCUGCGAUCUUAUAGUCAUAGCAUAGAGUAAAACGUUACUGUACUAGUCAUAGUGUAAUAGUGUAUUAGUGACAAGUGUGUCUUAAAUCUUAAGUCAAGUAUGAAGAACUCGCCACAUGAUAAUUGAUUAUCAUUUGUAAGCAAUGGUAUUAUUUACAUUGUCAUUUAUAGAUGCCAUUGAACAAAAGUCGAUAUUCUAAGCCAUCGUGAACUGAUAAUAAUCAUCUCCUUUUUCCAAAUUUGUUUAUCUUCUCAUAAAGUAUUAAUUGUAUAGACGGCAUGUCAACUUACUGAAGACGCGAAAUUUACGUCUGUACAAGAGUUUACAUCAGAAAAUAAAUAAAGCUAUGGAAUUAAAUGUACAAGACCAGUCAGCUCAUAUAUGUUCAAUUUAUAAAACUCCAGUUACCACUGUGGAAGAAUAUGCAGCAAAAUAUCGCCUUAUUCCUCAAUAUGAUCUCAUACAUAAUGGUGUUUUAUAUAAUAAAGCCAACUUUAAGUAUAGUUUGACUCUGGGUAAAUAUGUUAGUGUUGGCUUAGGGCUUUCCAAAAAAGAAGCCAAGCAAUCAGCAGCCCUAAAUCUUCUCAAACUAAUGAUUGAUGAUAACCCCGAGUUAAUAAAUACAGAUUUAAUAAAACAAUGCAAUUUAGAUAAGUGCAUGGUCUCUCCAAUUCAUAACAAUGUUAAAGUGAAUUCAGUUGGAAAAUUGGUCGAAAUUUGUUCAAAAUAUAAAUUGGAAUUACCUGAAUUCAAUUUAAUUAAAGAAGAAGGACCAGACCAUGCUAAAUUAUUUACUUUCAGUUGUCGUGUAGCUAAACUGAUUGAAAUAUCAUCACACAUAACCAAAAAACAGGCUAAACAUUUGGCUGCUGUUCAGAUGAUGAAAAAAUUAAUGUCUAUUGACAAGUCAUUGAUUUUGGAAGAGGAACGAAAUGAAUCAGAAUCCAUGAAAAUCCUGGAACAAGUUGAAAUCAUCAAACUAGAGCAGACAAAAACAUCUGCAUUUAUGGGUAAAAAUUUAACUAAUUAUCAUUUAUUUUUCAAAAAUUCUGAAUUGAUAAACUCAGAUAUAUUAAAUAAGGUUGUUAGUGAGUAUAACAAAAAUAAUGAAUUAGAUUUACUUGAACCUUUUAAAAUCUUAUGCGAAAUUGUCACUGAAUGUAAAAUGCACUUGAUUUCAAAAACCAUAAGUGUAGAAUUACUUGAUAAAAGAUAUAAUCAUGUACAUAUUCUUGCUAUUGAUAAUAAUGUAGACCCUUCUGUUUACGGUUUGGGUGAGGCUGACAACAUUGAAAAUGCUCAGCAAAUUGCUGCGAAAGAGCUACUCAUUGGUAUUUGUAUAUUAUUAAAAUAAACAUAUUUAGUUUAUUUUUAUCCUGUUAUUAUUAAAUAGAUUAAGCACAAUUAAAGCUCUAAUUUUAAACUCUCAUGCCCAUGCCUAAAUUAAUUUAUU